AGGGUGCGAGUCAAGAUGUCCAGGAAGGAAGAGACAGACAGAGACUGGGAGCGGAAGAGGGAUGGGGAGAGGGAUAAGGUGAUCGUGGAAUCGCGAGAACCAAAGGAUACUAACGAAGAAGAUCUACAGAUUUUCCAAAGUCUCUGCAUAUCGUCUCCUCGAAAGACCGAUCACGAGGAAGCCAUGAAUCACGAUUUAACAACCACAUUAAAGAGCGAGCUAGCGGCUCUCGAGUACAAGCGAGACCGUCUCGUGUCCGAGCUUCAAGAGACGAAGAGCCUGAUUCGAAGUCGGGAUCAACGAAUCGUGGAAUUGGAGGUAGAGGUCGAUCAGCUUCGCGAGCAAGCGGCCAGGCAGACUGCGAUCGUUUCCAGUUUGAAGAAACGUAUACAGGAACUGGAAGAACGAGAGAGGACUCUGUACGCGACUCAAGGGAGAAACGAGAUCACGAUACAGGGUUUGCAGAGAGACUUGAAGUAUCACGAGGAAAAGGUGCGAGAAUGCGACAAGAAGAUAUGUCAGCUGGAGCAGACAGUGUCCGAAGAGAUACAGUCGAAAGAGCGUGCUCGUUCAAACUUGCAGGAAUUCACUCGAAAGCUGGCACACGCGUUGAACGUUGAGUACCGCGAAACCGUUCAUCCAAGUCCGGAGAUGGUAAUCCAGAAGACGGAAGAGCUGGUUCAAGAGACGAAUCGUGUUCGCGCGAAAUGCAACAACCUCGAGACGCAGUUGUCGACGAUCGAGAUGGAUCUCCGAAGUUGUCGGGAUGCUUUGGACCGUGCGGUCGCGGAGAAGGAUCAGCUUCAACGACAAACGUCCUCGCAAGCGAUUGAUCUGGACCGUUUCAGACAGGACAAGGAGUGCCUUGAGAUGCAGUACAGGGUGGCUGAAAGGGAGUUGAACGAGCUAAGGGACAAACUGGUGAACGCGAACAGGAGCAUAAGCAACGCGACCGGAAACUUAUCGAAUCAAGAAGCAUUGAUCUGUCAGUUACGAGAGGAUUUAAGGCAUCGGGAAGAAAAGGCGCACCGCGUGCAAAACGAACUUCGUCAUCUGUUGGAAUCUUUAGCGAUACUCGUCAGCGGAUCGAACAGAUACGUCGAGUCUCACGAGAAUUCCAUCAAGGAUCGCAUCAGAGAAAUUCUGGCCGAGAACAAGGAUCAAGCUCUAAGCAUUGAAAAUCUUCGAGAAAAGGUAAACGCGGCGACAGAGUCGACUAAUCGGCAGAGCGAAUUGAUCGACACAACCGUAGCCAAGAUGCGAAAUAUGGAGGAGGAACGUUCGAGUCUGGAGAGCAAGGUUCGCAAGCUGGAAUCCGAGCUGACCAGUUGCGAGUUGUCGAAGGAGUCUCUGCUUAGGGAGAAGGAAACGUUUCUUACGUUUUUAGCGAGGCUCGGGAAAGCGAUGCAAAUGGACGAGAUCUCGGAAGAGAUGGGCCUCGAACUACAAACGGAGUCGCUUCUGGUGCGAGCCGAACAACUGGCCAGGUUGGAAACCGACAAAUUGGCGGACAAGUAUUCGUUCAACGACUACUCCAGCUUACCGAGGAUUCGACGCGAGCGAUCUUUCCAUGAGCUUCCUUCUAUGAAAGAAACAUCGGUGGUGUAUCAACUGCAACGCCGCGUAAGAACGCUUCGGGAACAAUUGCAGCGCAGGGAUCUUCAUCUGGAUCUUCUUCGUAGAAAGUUGUCGCUUCAAGAAGACAGCGUCAGAAUGAAAUCGUUAUUGCAAAGCGAGAGAGACGAAGCUAAUCUUCGGGUGAAGAAACUGUCGAAGCAAAUUGACCGGUUGCAGCUUCAACUUUCGGAGGAGAAAUCGCGAAAUCGCGAACUAAGCGCGCAAUUGACGGAAGCAGCGGAUUAUAAGAUAGCCGCUUUGGAGCGCAGUCGAAAGAUAGAGGAGCUUCAGAAGCGUCUGGUGGAGAGCGAGAUGCUCAGAACUCGAUGCAACCGGAAGUUAACGAUGUUGAAGGAACAGAUGAGAAAUGUGACCGAGAGUGCCGAACAAGAGAGGUCUAUAAACGAUCAUUCGUUGCAACUUCUUAGAGACGAGCUAUCUCAGGUCAAGCAGAAUCUGUCCGAGGUUACCAAAAGGGAGUCUCAAUUGCAAAGCUUCCGUGUCUCCGUGGUGAAACUAUUGUCAGAGCCAAUCUGCACGCCCGAUUACGAGCUAAUUUCACGGCUACAGAAAAUGGUUGCCGCGCAUCGGGACUUUACGAUGCUUUCGCGAAGAUACGACGAACCCUUGGAAAGCAGCCCCUCCAGAUGCACCAGCAUACAUCCAGUGCAUCCUCCUAGAUCACCUGGUUCACGGUGUACUCGAUACGAUGACAGUGGAUUCGUCGAACCGCCGAAUCUUCGAGACAUCGAGGAGGAAUUUAAUAAACGACCAGUUCGAAGCAGCCUUCUACCGUGACAUCGAUCCACGCACAAAUCUAUACCGUCCAAAUUGACUUUUCAUUUUUAAGGCCUCGAACGAUGCUGCAAUAUUUAUUCAAUUAAUUAAAUACCUACUUAUCGAUCUAGUAUAACGAAUAAAUGAAAAGAAACAC